CAAUCAGCUGUUCUGCUAUGCAUAACAGAGCCUCUGCAAGUUCCUUAUAGUUGUUUACCGCGAUUUAUUAAUAUUUAUUUAUUAUUUUAAAUGUCAGCUUUGCUGCUCCUGAGAGCCUGCAGUAGGCCAAGGAUAGCUAGCACCUAUAACUGCACUUAUCCAGGAUUAUCGACUGUCAAUAGCACGUACAAUCAUCGCCUGGCUUCCACAGAUGCGGCGGCCGCAGCAGCAAAUGUCCAACUGGCCAAUGCCGGUGGAUUGGUGGGCUUUUGGCAGACUUUGUCCAACAGCACACCAGUGGCCUACAUGCAGGAUGUCCUCAUCAAGAUCCACGACUACAGCGGCCUGCCCUGGUGGGCAUCCAUCGUGCUAUCCACAUUCCUCUUCCGGAGCGUUGUCACCCUGCCACUGACCAUUUACCAGCACAAGAUCACCGCCAGGAUCGAGAAGAUUGCCCUGGAAAUGCCCGCCAUUGUGGAGGAGCUGAAGAAGGAGGCGGCCAUGGCCAAGCAGAAGUUCAAGUGGAGCGACAAGCAGACGCAGAUCGUCUACCGGCGUUCGAUAAAGAAGCAAUGGCAGAACCUGAUAGUCCGGGACAACUGUCAUCCCAUGAAGACCAUGAUUGUGCUCUGGGGUCAGAUUCCCCUGUGGAUCUUCCAAUCAGUGGCUCUGCGCAACUUGGUCUACAUGCUGCCGGAUCCCAUGUCCAUUGAAGCUCAAAUUGUGACCACCGAAAUGACCAUUGGCGGAUUCGGUUGGAUACCCAAUCUCACCGUGGUUGACAACUCAUACAUCCUGCCUGUAACCUUAGGACUCAUCAAUUUGGCCAUCAUCGAAGUGCAGGCCAUGUCCAGAACGCGUCCUCCCACUCGAUUGCAGAGCAUAGCCAACAAUGUGUUCCGCGGCCUGAGUGUUGUGAUGGUUCCAGUGGCCUGUACCGUGCCCUCAGCUUUAUGUGUUUACUGGGUAGCGUCUAGCAGUUUUGGCCUUGCUCAAAAUUUGCUGAUGCUGUCGCCGGAAGUGCGACGAUCUGUGGGAAUUCCCAAGACGCAAACAGAACUCAGCCAGCCAUACGAUCUGCUUUGGCAAAAAAUUCAGCAGAGGCUAAGACUCGUCGAAAGGUCACCGGCUGAUAAGCCGGCUGCCAAAUGAUUCAGGCCUAUAGUCAUAAAUACAUAGUCUAAUUUAGGUAAGACGUUGAGUUUGUUUUAUGGUUUAUAUAAAUAUAGUCAACCCUUGAAUGCGACUGCGCCACUGUAAAUCAUCAUCAUCAUGCACCAUCAUCUCGAUUUCCCAGAAGCAAAUAAACGAGUGAAAACCCCCAAAA